GCGCAGCCUCCCCAAAAAGACAACAUUCGGGUCGGACCCGUUACAACGUAGCCAGAAAAGCUCCGACGCCUUGCUAUUGUUGCUGCCGCGACCGACACAACGACCCGGGGACGGGACCCCGGCCCGCAGGGGAGGCGGAGAGCUUUGUCCGGCGACCCCGACGAGAGCGCGCGCGCGGCCUCCACGCGGCCCGGGCCCCCACCCCACGGCCCGCGGAUGCUGUAGCCGCUGCGGCCUCGCUACGCUAUGGCCUUCCCCGCGCGCGCGGUGCCGGACAGGCUUCUUGACCCUCCGGCGCCGCCGUACCCCAGCCCCGCUCAGGGCGCCGGCGGCCCCCUCCCCCCUCGGCGCCCCGGCUCCAUUCAAACCGUCCUCCCAAGCCCCGCGCCGCGCUCCCCCCGCGGCCCGCGCUCCUUACCGAGAGCCGCCGGCGCCGUCGCCUUCCCGGCGCCGCCCCCGCCCCUCCGCGCGGGGCCGGGGGCAGAGUGGGCGUCUCGCCUCUCCUCACGAAACAAAGAAGCCGCCGCCGCCGCCGCCGCCGAGCGAGGGCCUUUCCUACUCUGCUGAAAUGACUGUUUUCAAGGUCACAGGCACCUGCCUAUUGCUGAAUGCAGGAGUCCGUUCUCCUCUGCAAUUUCCUUGACCUGUUGGCAACAGUUGACAUGCCACCUCCUUAGAACAUUCUAUUCGCUUGGCUUCCAGUGUACCACACGCUCCUGGGUUUCUUCCCCUCCCAUCAUCUGUUCCUUCCCAGGCUCCUCCAUAGCUGCUCCUUCCACCUGACCUUAAAUGAACUACCUCAGAACUUGUUCCCCGAUGUACAUUCACCCCCUUAGCUUCCAGUCUUGCCAACCUUCAAAAACCAUCUACAUCCUAGGUAUCUAACCCAAAGGAAUAGAAAACAGGUAUGUGAACAAAUCCCUAUAAACAAAUCUUUAUUGCUGUUUCACUCUUCACAAAAGCUAAACGUUGGAAACAGUGCAAAUAUCCAUUAACAGAUGAAAGGACAGACUAUGCUGUACACAUUCGAUGGAAUAUUCAGCCACAAAAAGGAAUGAAGUCCUAAUACUUCAUUCUUUUGGAUAUGGAUAGGCCUUGAAGCCAUGGUUAGGAAAGGUAGUCAGACCCUCAAGGCCACGUGUUGUGAGUCUGUAUCAAAUGCCCGGAGUAGGCAAAUCCAUACAGACAGAGAGCAGAUGGCCCAGGAGCUGGGGCAGGGGGGAGUGAGUAACUGUUUAAUUGGCUCAGGGUUUUAUUUAGGGAUGAUGAAAAUAUUUUGGAACUAGAGGUAGUGCUUAUACAACACCAUGAAUGUCCUAAAUACCACUGAAUUAUUCAUUUAAAAAUGUUUAAUUUGGGGGCACCUGGGUGGCUCAGUGGGUUAAGCCUUUGCCUUUGGCUCAGCUCAUGAUCUCAGGGACCUGGAA